AUGUCAAACAACGAUAAUGUUAUGGCAAGAUUCCUGUUCGCUAUCUUGCAACAGAAGAAUCUGAAGGAUAUUGAUUGGAACAAAGUCGCCUGCAACCCUCUCUUGGCUCAAGAAAUCACCAAUGGCCAUGCUGCCCGAAUGAGAUACUCACGGUUUCGCUCAGCGAUGCUUAACCUUGAACCUCAGCGACGCAACCGCACCACCAAAGAAAAGGCCAACAGAGUCACCAAGUCCAAGAAGGAACCCAAAGAUUCGAAGUCGAAGAAGGAAGAUGUUGUCAAAACGGAAUCUGUUGCAGGCUCAGCUAGUGUAGCCGAGUCAACCGAAGCUCCAUCUCCCUCGCCCAGAAUCAAGCAGGAGAGAGUGCCACCCACCUAUAAUAGUCGUCUCACUCCUGCAAGCAUGUCUACGACACCGGCGGCUGCUACACAUCCUGUUGUUCAGCCUCGGCUGCUCACGCCAUGUAGCGAUACUGAUACCUACCCUACAUCACCAACAAUGAUGUCCAGCCCGGCAACGGAGAUGCUCACUUCUCAGUCUCCUUACGAGUUUCCUCUGAGCCACUUUGGCCAUGAUCAACUGUGGUCUCAUCAUUCCAUGUUCCCUCCAUUCGAGCCCCCUUACGCAUUCGAUCCUAUGCAGAUGACUUUCGAUCACCAGGGCAUGCACCACCAUGGUGAAUGUACCUCUGCGCCCGGUGUUGGGGAUGCUGAAGGAGAAGAAGUCAGUAUCAAGCAGGAGCAUUGGGACAACCGUUUUGUUUGA